UAUACUUUACACACGAAGCAGGCAUGGCGUCCUUCAGCCACUGCAGAUUGUAACGGACAUUUAUCAAUUUGUACUUCUGUCUCUAUUUCCACUUGUUUUUUUAUGUUGCUGUAGAAAUAUUUGUCUCAAUGGCGACCAGGACCGUGUGUCGACUUCUCCAGCGCCGUUAUGCAUCUACUGCAGCGGCUGUGCGUCCACCAGCUGCCGAGGUCCACAGCCAGCGCAACGCUGUCUUCUCCAGAGAGCAGGCGAGGCAGAGAGCUCUGUACCCUCGCAUCGAGAAGAUAGAGGUGUCCAUGCAGGGCCCGGGGCUGGAUGGUACGAUGCUCAUCAUGAACAGGGGGAUGUCCACUCCACUGAGCUGUGCCAGACACUUGACAGAGUAUCAUGUGACCAGUUCAGUUCUGGCCCUGGUAGACGGGGAACUGUGGCCUCUCCACCAGCCCCUCACCCACUCGUGCUCACUCACCCUGCUCACAUUUAAAGACAAUGACCCAACACUGGUCAACCAGGCCUAUUGGCGCUCCUGUGCUGCCUUGCUGGGUCAGGUGCUGGAGAACGCCUUCAAGGAUAACUAUACUGUGGAGCUGCUCAGCACACCAGAGGUCCCAGUCGUUUCAGGAGCCUUCUGCUGUGAUGUGGCACUCGACCCUCAGCUGGAUUCAUGGUCUCCCUCUGAGGAGUCGUUACGCUCUCUGACCCGAGGCGCUCAGCAGCUGAUCCACCAGGAUCUGGCCUGGGAGCCUCUGGAGGUCGCGCCCUCUGUGGCGCUGGAGGUCUUCUCACACAGCAGGUAUAAACAGGAAGAGGUGGAACAGAAGGCAGCACAAAAUCCCAAAGGCACAGUGAUGCUCUACAGAUGUGGUGACCAUAUACUGCUGAGUGGGGGCCCUCUGGUGGCCAGGACAGGCCUGUGCUCCCAGUACGAGGUGACGGCCCUCCAUGGCCUGGGACAGGGACCCAUUGGCCUCCAGCGUCGAGCACAGGGCCUCUCCCUGCCUCUGCAGCUGCAGGCUCACCACACGGUGUGGAGGAAACUGAGGCAGCGGGCAGAGAAACUGGUGGAUGUGCCAAGACCUGAGGAAGUGACCCCACCCCCCCUCUCCACCUCCGACCAGCCAGUAACCACCUCUGCGUAACCUUCCACACACACAAAUACACUUUGACAUGUAUCUGAUUGUAUUAUUUGUUCAAUAAAUGUGUAAAAAUAUGUGACAAAUCA